AUGGCCACAAUGAUGGAAGACCAGGGCAUGACGUGCCCGACGAGCGCUACUCCCUCAUCUGCCACAUCUGCUUCUCACAACCCAAACUCCGUCUCAAAACGGCCCCCAAGGAAGAGCACCUUGACCCAGCAGCAAAAGAACCAGAAGAGACAGCGCGCAACACAAGAUCAGCUGACGACCCUGGAAAUGGAGUUCAACAAGAACCCUACUCCUACGGCAAACGUGCGAGAGCGGAUCGCGGACGAGAUCAACAUGACCGAGCGGUCGGUUCAGAUCUGGUUCCAAAACAGGCGUGCCAAGAUCAAGGCGCUGGCGAAGAAGAGCUUGGAGACCGGCGAGGAUUUCGAUGCGAUACCCGAGUCCAUGCGGACCUACCUGGCUAUGCAGGCCAUGGAGUCUGGCAAGGGUCUUGGCGCCGGUUUCCUCGGCCGUGGCCUCAUGCCUUACGGUCCUAGCAGCAUCCCCUUCGGCGGAGAGCAGAACGGCCAGGGCAAAGUUUUAAUCCAUCACUUGACCUGCCGUUCUCUCAGCAUUGGCAAGUGGACGCGUGUGGGCCAAAACACCAUGGACCUGAUCAUUUUCUACUCGCCUGACAAAUGUACCAUGACCUACUACAUCAACAACGAGCAGGCUGGCUACAAGAUCGAGUACCCCUUCGCGUCCAUCAAGUCAAUCUUCCUCGAGAACAAUGAUGGCGACCCGAACAAGCUCGGUGGCAUUGUCAUCGAGCUGAACAGGCCCCCUAACUUCUUCAUGGACUCGUCACCGCAGACCAACGGCUUCUUCCAAUGUGGAGAUUUCACCGAGGAUCAGCAGGCGUCACAGUGCCUUGUCCACCAUCUCGGCGGCAACCCUAAGGUCCUCAGCGGUCAGCUGGCCAAGCUUGUGUCGCUGGAGGCCUUUAUGAACCGUCACUCGACUAACCCCUACGAGGCUAUGCAUGCGAUCUCCAUCUCGGCUCCUGUCUCGCCUACGAACCGGCCGUCCUCGCAGCCCAGCUUUGGUGCCCCUCAUGUGGGCAUGUACCAGGAGACACAGUGGGGUGCUCCUCCGUCGCUGCAUCCUGGGAUGCCUCGCGGCCACAAACGCCAGCGCAGCAGGUCGGUCCCCAUGCCUGUUGACUUUGCCAUGCUGCAGGCACCCAUGCCGUCGUUCUUCAUCCAGCACCCUGGUGAGAGCCAGCCGCAACCCCACAGCCCAAGCAUCUUCGCUCCUGUUCCUCAGCAGCCGAGCGGCUUGGGACCCAACCUGCGUAUUGACACACAAGCCGGGUUUGGGCUGGACAUGCGCCAAUACCCAAUGUCGGCAACCACUGCGCCCUCUCCAUCAGACUACUCAAGCCCCAACUACUUCACCCAGGGCCCCGAUAGCACGCCGAUGCCCGCCUCGAGUUACAACACCCCCUACAGCGGCGCUUUCUUGUCGCCGAUGGUCCACCCGUCGCCUCUCGUGCCUCAGUCUGUGUCUCCGCUCUCGUUCACCAGCCACGGUCACGGAGACCCGGCCAUCGUCGACCAGUCACCACCUCUGUCCAUGGUUGGUCGGCCAUCGUCGGCAGAUCUGUACCCGGUCCACGAGUCUGCUGUUUCUGACGACGGGACGAGUCUGAACGAGAUGUACUCGAAGCACACCAUCAACCUUCCUAUGCACCCGCCUCAUUCACCGUUCGGCGAGACAACACAAGCGGACCUGGACAUGAACCAGCUCGUGUCAUUUGACCCGGCUGACUCUGCAAGCCUCUCACCGGAGGCUAUGCCACAUCAUGGCAUACCCGUCACGGAGUCAUGA